AUGCAAAUCCCGGUGGAGCAUGCAGGCAAUGAGAGGCAGCGCAUACCGGCUCUUCUUGUUGGAAUCAAGAAAGGCUUCGGUCUUAUCAAGUAUUCAUCGAGUUCAACGCAUCUCAAAGUGCCGCUCUCAGAGCUCUUACUGGCUCCCAGUGCUUUUGACCCUUAUAACGAUGAAGACCAGACUACCCACGUAACCGGCAACUCCCCAGUGUCAUUGGGCAAAGCGUUGCACUCCUUUUCUGUUCGGGAUCCGGUCGAAGUUUGGCUAAGUACGAAAAGCACAACUCACGGGGACCAAGGCGAUAACGAUUCUCUCGAAGAGGAUGGGCAUACAAAGAAAGAAAUUCCAUUUGCGGGUGCUUGGUGGCCAGGACGCGUACUGGCAAUCCAGGGCGGUUUCGCCCAUGUCGAGGUUAGUUCUCAUUGGUCCCUUGUAGGUUACUUCCCCACUGUUCCAUAG